AAAGAAACUACUUGUGGUGAUAACGAACUCGGAAACGAUCGCUGGCGAUCUUUCAAUUCAAUGUUCGAAUUCUAUUUGAGAAAAAAAAAUUAUACCCAUCAAAAUCAAAAUAAAAACACACACAAAAUUAAUUUCAUAUUAAAAAUAGACAUAUUCAAUAAUGAUUACAAUAAAAUAAAACAAAAUAAUUUAUUAAUUGAAUUAUGAUCGCGAAUGUGUAUUCUAUUAAUCGCAUUAAAAUGAAUAUGUAAAAAUACACUUGCUAUUACUACCUCCCAUUUGAACGUAUUUGUGCUUACGUAGAUAUUAUUAAAAAUAAAAUAAGACCAAGGUGUAGUGAAUCUGAAUAGUGUGAUACUGAUUUAUUUACCCUUAGCUCAGCUCCAUGUAUUACGAAAAAUAACUUAAAUGGAUGUCAUGAUAAAACUAAAAAUACUGAAACCGAUGACGGAACAAAAUAAAUAUUAAAUCAAAAUUGUUCGCUAAAUAUUUCUUGUCAGGCAUUCGAUGAUUUAAACUAAUCAAAUAAAAAGCCCUACCUUCUCAUAUUCAACAGUUGGUUGGUCUUCGUAGUGGUGCAACAAUAUCGCAUGCAUAUGAGACGAAGACGACAAUGCUCUAGCCAUUCAAAUGUUUAAAAACAAAAUCACCACUCAAUUGAAAGUGUUAAACUUAAACAUCGGGAACGGGAACGAAAACGGGAAGAUAGAACACAAACUCUCAAUUCUGAAACUAUCAAACUAAAAACUAGUUAAUAUUGGAAGCGAAGAAGGAGAAAAAUGGGCGCCGCAUGCGUAGCGUAGUCGGGCGCUCUUUGGAAUGUUAUGUGUUUAUUUUAUUUUUAAAUUAAAAUUAUGAAUAAAAUUUGACUUCAAUGAUUUUUGUUUUCAUCAUCAUCAUACAUAAAUUAAUAUGCGUUAGCGUAAAUUUUGUGCGCGACUGCGAGGCCGAGAAGGGCUCAGCUAAAGUUUUAUUCUAACGAAACAAAAAUGAAUUAAAAUGAAGGACCCACAAGACAAUCUAUUAAAGAAUAAUAGUUUAUGUGAUCAAGACCAGAAACCAGAUGUCAUUCCAGAAAUUGAUCUAAAAUAUAAAGAUGCAGAAAGUCAUAUGUUAAACAGUAGUAAUGGAGGAGGUAGCAGUAGUCAAUCGGCACCGAGUCCAAUUGACCAAAAUCUUAGUCCAACACUUAGUCCAGGAAGCAGCAGUACUGCAGUAGGCAGCAAUAGCAAUACUUUCUUGCAGAACAAUUCACAAACGGCAACAGUUUGUGCUAUAUGUGGGGACAGAGCAACGGGUAAACACUAUGGAGCAUCUAGCUGUGAUGGUUGCAAAGGAUUUUUCAGACGAAGUGUCAGAAAGAAUCACCUUUACACAUGCAGAUUCUCUCGAAACUGUGUCGUUGAUAAGGACAAAAGAAACCAAUGUCGCUAUUGCCGUCUUCGAAAAUGCUUUAAAGCUGGCAUGAAAAAGGAAGCAGUUCAAAAUGAACGCGAUCGAAUUAGCUGUCGUCGAACAUCCAACGAAGACCCAGAUCCUGGUAAUGGACUAUCUGUGAUAUCACUCCUUAAGGCUGAAAGGGAAAGCCGCCAGUCUAAAGCUGGCGCCGCAAUGGAAACAACACAAAAUGAAGAUCUAUCCAGUAAACAAUUUGCCAGCAUAAACGAUGUAUGCGAAUCAAUGAAACAACAACUAUUAACAUUAGUUGAAUGGGCUAAGCAAAUACCUGCCUUCAAUGAUCUGCAUUUAGACGAUCAAGUUGCAUUGCUGCGAGCACACGCCGGUGAACAUCUUUUAUUGGGCUUGUCAUGGCGAUCGAUGCAUUUAAAAGAUAUCCUAUUGUUAGGAAAUAAUUGUGUUAUAACAAAACAUUGUCCAGAUGCCCGACUUUCACCGAAUUUGGAUAUUUCUCGCAUUGGAGCAAGAAUAAUCGAUGAAUUGGUUUUUGCCAUGAAAGAUGUUAACAUCGACGAUACUGAAUUGGCUUGUAUUAAAGCUCUUGUCUUUUUUGAUCCAAAUGCCAGAGGACUCAAUGAACCACAAAGGAUUAAAAAUCUUCGACACCAAGUUUUGAACAACCUUGAAGACUACGUCUCAGACAGACAAUACGAGUCACGAGGUAGAUUUGGGGAAAUACUACUGAUCUUACCAGUGCUGCAAUCAAUAACAUGGCAAAUGAUUGAACAAAUUCAAUUUGCAAAAAUCUUCGGAGUGGCACGCAUUGAUUCCCUUUUACAAGAGAUGCUUCUAGGAGGUGAAUUAGCUGACAAUUCAUCACCUCUAUCACCCCCAAUUGUAAAUGCCUACAAUCCAACAAAUCCUAUGGACCAAAGUCAAGUAUCGUCAAGUUUAGAUCCACUUUCACCUAGCAAUUCAGACCAAAUAUCACAGGAGUCAUUGCCUAACUGCUUAGACACGGGAUUAGAUGUGCCAAUGAUAGCACCGCUUAUUGACUCAAUGCCGCCAGCAAGCACUUUCGAUCAUAGACAAUCAUCAAGGCCGCAAUUAAUGUCGCCCCUGCGCAACAAUUCACCAAACUCACCAAUGGAUCCAACAGACGUGUACAACAAUCACCAACACAGAACCCAACAAAACAAUGCUCAUCACCAUCAUCAGCAACACCAAGAUCAACAACAACAGCAUCAACAACGAAUUCCUUCAUACCGCCAAGAAAUAAUGUCACCGCAAAAUAACAACUCGAAUAACAAUCAAUUAGACCGUGUUAGUGUUCGAAGCCCAAGUGAGAUGACAUUAAAUGAGUACAAUCGCACAUCAACCGAUGAAAUAAUGCGACAACCGCCAAAUAAAAUAAGUCGCUCCGAUGGUAUACCAAGUCCAACUUCGUCGAACUUUUUACUUGGUGUUCAGGAUAAUGAUAGUUAUAGAAUGACCCUUAAACAGGAACCGGAAACUGGCUACUAACUAAUGGUGGAAUAAUGAAAUUUUUGGCUUUUUGGUACUGGGCUUGCUACUUCUAUGUGCAAUAGCUAAGAGAUUUUUUGAUAUAAAUUUUGUAUACACACAUUAUUAUCUAGUUAUAUAAUGUAUAUUUUAGUUAUAUUUAAAUAAUAUUUUUCCAAAAUUGGGAAAUGGCACAAUCAAAAUACUAUUUUAUCAGCAAUACAAUAUUUUCUAGGGAAAAAUUAAAUUUCUUAUCAAUUGUAGUUAGACAUAUAGAUAUGAGGUACUUUUUAGGGUAGGUAGAUUCAUUCAUAUCAGAUCAAUAAAAUAUGGAUUAAAAUCGUAUCACUUUUUACCAGUUUUAUUUUUUUUGUUUUUAAGUAGAAUGUGUAGGUAGUAUAAAAUUGUUGUUAAGGAAAAUAUUCUGAAAUUAUGUUGUAAAUAAUUUUAAAACUUAUAUUAAUGCGGAAAUAUACAUUGUUUUUAUUGUUAUA